CAUGAGGAAACCAUUAGAAAACCACUUUAUCUGUCCAGUUUAUAUAAUCAAACUCUGACAUCGUGUUGAAGGAAUCAUACAAAAAAACAUUUGUCAAAUAAGAUGAGAAAGGCAUGUUUCAAAUGCGUAACCUACAUGUAGACAUUUUCCCAACGAGGAUCACUAUCUACUUGAUAAGAAAUAUUAUCAGUCACAAAUCAUCCAUUCUCACUCGUUUUUGAAGCUGUUUUGUGUGUUUCUCCCUCAACCUAACAGAGGAAAGGUGAGACGGUGCAGACUGUCAUUCACGCCGCCCCAUCACAGAGGCGCCCUGUACGUCUCUGAGCUCCGUACACCACCAAUCAUAACAAUAGGAGGGUGACGGACAACGCUGGGUUAGGUUGUCUACUGUCUGAUUGGGAAAUAACAAAACCUAAAACCACACAGUGCUGCUGAGAGUCGGAAGUUUUACCGAGGGGCUGGGGACGAAGACACAAAUACAACUGAAUCGGACGCGACAUUUAUUUGCACUGUGGUUAUUCCCCUGUCGAGGUGGUGGCUACAAGCUAACGUUAGUGAAGACGGUCCGCGAGCAAACCACCAACCAAGUGCCGUGGAGAAGUCGGGGGCUGAGAUAGUGGAAAGAAGUGUUGGUGGUGUCUCUUCGACAAUAGUCUGACAAAGGGGCAGUCAAGACAAAUCGUGGCUACUAUUAGCGAGACGAAGCCACAGACCGUGUUCAGCACCGGGUAGAGUCCCAUAUGCUUGGUGGUGUGUAUCAUACCUUGUUGGACUCGGGUUUUUUGAAGCGUCUGCUAAAUGUCUGUAGACUGUCGGGUGCAGCAACGCCUGCAUGUAUGUGUGCUAGCUAGUUAGCCACAGUAGCUAUCCCGUUGAUAUCAUUACAUCUGACUCGGUUAGCCAGCAGCGUUGAGCUCGUUUCAACGUCGAAACUAAAACAAACAAAAAAAAAAAUAACAUUUUGUCUUAUUCUUGAGACACCGCUGUUAACUAACCGUGCGAACUAGUGGGGAAAAAAUAGCAACAUUUCCUCUGAUAGCUACGCCUUGCUGUGUCAUGUCAUUCAAGUUGUAAGCGAAGUCCUUUCCGAAGAGUAUGCAGGACAAGAAACGAGUUGGGAUAAGUAUAUAGCAAAAAAGGGGACAGAGCAAUCUUACAUUGAUUGAUUGAAGUUCAUAUCGGCUGCCCCUCCAAAAAAAGACUGCAUUUGGAGGUCAAAAGGAAGCCAGAAUGAAGAAGUUCUCCCGAAUGCCGAAGUCUGAGAGUGGCGGGCUGGGAGGGGGGUCCGGCUCCGGACUCAGCAACUACUUCGGGAAAGUGUUCGGCGUGGGCCGGUUUCAAGUCACCGUGGAAGAACUCAUAGCUGAAGGCGGUUUCUCUGUGGUGUUCCUGGCCCGGACACAGAGUGGCAUGCGCUGCGCUCUCAAGAGGAUGUACGUCAACAAUGUCCCUGACCUCAACAUCUACAAGAGAGAGAUCACUAUUAUGAAAGAGCUGUCAGGUCAUAAGAACAUAGUGAACUACCUGGACUCUACCAUCAACUCCGUAGGGGACAGUGUCUGGGAGGUCCUUAUCCUCAUGGAGUACUGUAAAGCUGGUCAGGUAGUGAAGCAGAUGAACCAGCGUCUCCAUAUAGGGUUUACGGAGCCGGAGGUGUUGACCAUCUUCACUGAUACCUGUGAGGCUGUGGCCAGGCUGCAUCAGUGUAGAACCCCUGUCAUACACAGGGACCUGAAGGUAGAGAACAUCCUCCUGAGUGAUAAUGGGAGUUAUGUUCUGUGUGAUUUUGGAAGUGCUACUCACAAGGUGCUGCUCCCACACAAAGACGGAGUGACCGCCGUGGAGGACGAAAUCAAGAAGUACACGACCCUGUCUUAUCGAGCUCCAGAGAUGAUUAACGUGUACGCAGGGAAGGCCAUUACCACCAAGGCUGAUAUAUGGGCUCUUGGUUGCUUGUUGUACAAGCUGUGUUUUCUUCUGUUUCAGGCUCUUGGUUGCUUGUUGUACAAGCUGUGUUUCUUCUCGCUCCCGUUCGGGGAGAGUCAAGUCGCCAUAUGUGAUGGAACCUUUGUCGUUCCCGACAAUUCCAAAUUCUCCUUCAAGCUGCACUGCUUAAUCAGAUAUAUGCUUGAGCCUGACCAUGAGAAGAGACCAGACAUCUAUCAAGUCUCCUACUUUGCCUUCAAGUUAGCUGGAAAGGAGUGUCCAGUGCCAAAUCUCUUUAGCUCCCCUCUCCCCACGUCACUCCCUGAGCCACUCACAGCCAGCGAGGUUGCUGCUAGGAAGAGCAUGACGAAAGCCAGAAUCACAGAGUCCGCGGGCCCGACGGCAACUUCCAUCGCUCCGAGACAGAGACCCAAGGCUGCCAACAGUAAUGUGAUACCCAUCCCUGUAGCCAACACAGCUGUCACCCCUAUAGCCGUGCCUGCCGCUGCCACGCCCAUCGCCGCCACGCCCAUCGCCGCCACGCCCAUCACCGCCACGCCCACCGCCGCCACGCCCAUCACCCCUACAGCUGUGCCUUCUGUAGCCGUCAGCAAUGGGCAGAAAGCUCCAACACCUGGUAACAGCCAGCCGGUUGCUCCACAGCCCCAGACAGCCAACAGGGUCCUUCAACAGCUGCAACCUGGAGACCUGCGUCUGCAACAACAUCUCCAUCCUGUCCAUCCACAGCAGCUCCAAUACCUUCAGUACCAGCAGGCCCUUCAGCAGCAGAUGAUGAUACAGCCCAUGUAUCAGCAACAACAGGCCCAGGCCCAGGCCCAGGCCCAGGCUCAGGCACAGGCCCACUACGUAGCAAUGAUGCACCAGUACCACCAGGCCUUUGCGCAGCAGCAACAACAACAACAACAACUACUACAACAACAGCAACUACAACUCCAUCAACAACAACAACAACAACUACUACAACAACAGCUACAACAUCAACAGCAUUCCACCCAGCAGCCCACUGUGACCUCCCCGCUAGAGUUCCAACAUCCUUUGGGCUCUUUUAACCCGCCUGGAUCUGGGGUCAGCCCUGGGGUCGUGGCAAUCGGGGCUGGUGCUGGAAAUGUGACACCUUCCCCUGUUGAGGCUCUAUACACCAGUAGAAACCCUCUGGUGGACCUAAAGGUGACCACCCCUCCCCCCCGGACCCAACCCCAGACCCUGGUCACCCCCCAGACCCUGGUCACCCCCCAGAGCCUGGUCACCCCCCAGAGCCACCCUCCUGACAUGUCCCGCUGGAACCCCUUUGGAGAGGACAACUUCUCCAAACUAACAGAGGAGGAACUUCUGGACCGCGAGUUUGACCUCCUCAGAGCAAGUAAACCCAUGGAGAGAACCACUAGCAUGGAGGCAGACCGACCGCUGCAGCCAAUCACCUCCGCCGCAACCGCCAAGCCCCUCCUCCCUGAAUACCUGUUUGGCUCCGCCCCCUUCCUGGCUAGCGCAGGUUCUAGUGUGAUGACAGAUCAGCCCAUUGAAGAGCUCAGUAUCCCAGCCGCUGCUCCUGUCCCCAUGGGCCAGCCAGCCCUUGAGGAACAGCUACAGCAACCUCCUGCCAAGGAGCACAAACCAAGCAGGAGGAGAAACUCCUCUGACAGCGGUUCACAGACGACCCGCAAACCACCGGGCGGCGAAUCAGACAGCGACUUCGAGUCGGACCCUCCUUCCCCUAAGAGCAGCGAGGAGGAAGACGAGCCGGAGGAGGACGAAGGGCUGAACAGCGAGCAAGAGCAUGGAGAAUUCUUCAACGAACUGGAAAAUGUGGAGGAAAUGGAGACGCUGGGCCAGAGGCCUCUGUUAAUGGACUCGGAGGACGAGGAGGAUUACGACAAACACAGCUCCGACUCGGACUACGAGCCCAGGAAAGCUAAGGGAGGACGCUCAAAGAGGCUCCCAGGAGGUAAAGGAGGGGCAGUGGCUGCUGCAGCUACUGUCUCCCAUGAGGGAGGUCCAAGCGGGGAGUCGGAGGCCACGCUGAUCAUGAUCACACCUUCUGAGUCGCCCGGUGUGGCUGCUGUUAGAGCUCCCCCUAGUGGUGGUGGAAUCAAGGACAUAUUUGGUGCCGAUGUGUUUUGCGCGGUGCCUUUCUUUCCCCCUGUGGCGUCCCCCACAGAAAGAGCAGACAUCUUUUCCGCGGCUCCCUUCAGGCAGGUGAGCCAAGAGGCCGUGGCCAUCCAAGCCACGGAGGAGUUUGAUGUCUUUACAAAAGCUCCGUUCAGCCGGAACCUCUCGAAAUCUGGCAAGACCGGCAGCAGCGAAGUCUCUAUGGGUCAGAACCCGCCUGUGUCCCCUGAGAUUAUCGACCCGUUCGGCUUCUCCCCCUUCCAGCCCGGCCCCACGGCCCCGCCACCAAUCACCUCCAGGAGCGCCGAGGACAUCUUCCAUCCAGCCUUCGACGAUUUGACCAGUCCUCAGCAGCAGAGGCUAAAGCAGCGCAGCCUCCAGAAGCUGUCUUCGCGGCAGAGGAAGCUCUCUGGCAGCACCGACGGCGGCGGCAACGGCAAGCGCCACCACGGUACGCCUACCGGCGGCCGCAAGAGCAACAAGCCCAGCUUCCGAACCCCAGAGCGCGUCCGCCGGCACAAGAAGGUCGGCAGGAGGGACUCCCAGAGCUCCAACGAGUUCCUCAGCACCUCAGACUCCAAGGAGAACAUCAGCGUCGGCAGCGUAACGAUGACCGACAAAGACAAAGGGUCUUCCCUACCUAGCCUUCCUAGUGAGGUCGACCCCAUCUUGGACCCAUUUGGUGCCAAACCUUUCGGCCCUCAAGAUGGCAGCCGACUCAACCAGGGCCAGUACCAAGGUCUAAUGGACGGCAAGACAGACAUAGUUUCGGCCAAUGGCAGGCCUCAGACCAGCUCCCUCCACGGGGCGCUGGGGGUUGGGAACAUCAUGGAUGACUUUGGGGCGGUGCCCUUCACAGAACUGGUGGUUCACCCUGGACAGCAGCAGCAGCCGUCUCAGCUCGUGGAGCUGGAUCCUUUUGGAGCUGCUCCUUUCCCCUCCAAACAGUGAAUGUCUCACUCGUCUUCCCGCCACAAACACACUCGUGCUCUUGUCUUUCUCAAUCACGUCGCUGUGUUACGCCAAGCCUAUGCAGUCCCCAGGGGGGUGAAUUCCCAUCCAAAGGAUGGCAGCUAGAUCGGUGGUGUGGUAGUUGAUUAUCUUUUCAGCCAAAUGAAACUACCAGCAAUGGCUCGAACGACUCUCAAGUGUUUCCAAUGCUUUUUUUUUUUUUUCCCUUCUCAAAAAUAUUUUUUAAACACGCUAGUAACUGGAUAUUGGGAUUAACAAAACCAACGUAAACCUGUGGAGUAUGGAUGAUUUAUUUCAGGUUCGGUAUGCGUCUACUUCUGCCUGUACCUGUUUUCUAACAAGCCUUUUAUGCUGCAUCGCAUCGAUACAUUUCAACAGGAUUGAUACCGGUUUCACUCAAGAUCACACUGUGACAAACAACAAAGCUCGCUCAGUGUUCCGACUGGUUGAGUUGCUGCAGCAACAAAAAAAAACUAAUACUUUUAUGUGUAGAUAUAGUGGCCUCCUUCGAGAUCUACCAAUAAGAUUUGAUUAAUUUAGCACCAUAAAGCCUUAUAUGGGCAUGGCUCUGCCCUACUGCACAGUACCUCGGAAACCAUUGGCUAAGCAAAUGACACAAAAGGGCAACGUUAGCCAACAGAAUGAGUCGUUUCAGAGUAGGCAUUCACCACUGUAUUAUGUCACCCUACAUAGACCCUUUUCUAUGCAUAUUUUUACAUUUACAGUCGACUUAGACACAGCGAUAAAUGUUUUUGGUUUUGUAAUUGUUUUUAUUGCAUUUAAUACUAGAACGAAAGGGAUUUUGGUUCUGUUUUAAAGAUGGCUUUUUUUCCUUCUUCGUGAUUUAAGACCGUUUCAAUGUUAGGUUUGUUUCUAUACUUUUAGCAUUACAACUGUGUCAGUAAAUUAAAUUCUGUUCUAUUUUAAAAAGUGAUGUUAUUUUACCUUAACCCAAUUUUUGAAUGAGAGGAAGAACACAACUGUUCGCCUACGUAGUGACACGGAAUCUACCGAUAUCUGACUACUUCCACCUCUUCUUAGUCCUGAAAACAGACUCUCUCGUCGAUUUGGUAACACAAGCCAUGCAUUCAUAAAGGGAAAGGGAGUCUAAAGAGGUACAACUUAUUAGAAUCAGUUCGUGUUGAAAUUAAAUGCACUUUCAGCAUCAA